UCCUUCUCUCCGCUUUCCCUUCAGACACAGCGAUUCCACUCUGUUCUCUUCUCUCUCGUUUAGGGUUAGGGUUUUCUGGUUUCUCUUCCUUUCCCAAAUUCCCUCUUAAUCUAGCUUCAGCACCGCCAUGGCUAGGUACAGAAGCCGGAGUCGGAGCCGAAGCUACAGCCCUCGCCGCCGCAGCCGGUCCCCGCCUCGUGGACGCAAGCGCUACGAUGACGAGCCCCGUGAUCGCCGCCGUGACCGGAGGGACCCUCGCUCCCCUGCUCCUUCUGGCUUGCUCGUCCGCAAUCUCCCUCUUGACGCCAGGCCAGAGGAUCUUAGGACUCCGUUUGAGCGGUAUGGUCCUGUGAAGGAUGUGUAUCUACCUAAGAAUUACUACACUGGGGAACCACGGGGAUUUGGAUUUGUCAAGUACCGUUAUGCAGAUGAUGCUGCUGAAGCUAAGCAGCAAUUGAACCAUACAGUAAUUGGUGGGCGUGAGAUAAAAAUUGUGUAUGCUGAGGAAAAUAGGAAAACUCCUCAAGAGAUGCGCACGACUGCGCGCCCAAGUGGCCGACAUGGAGGGAGCCAUAGGAGAAGUCCACCAAGACGCCGAUAUCAUUCUUACUCGCGGUCACCUUCACCUGUUAGGAACCGCAGGUCUAGGGAUGAUUAUCACUCUCCAGCGCACUCCCGAUCAAUUUCUCGGUCUCCUUCACGCGAUGAUAGGGAUUACAAGAGGUCCCCAACUGAGUCUCCACGUGACGAUAGGGAUUACAGGAGGUCCACAAGUCCAAGAAAGAACGGGCGAAGUAGAUCUGGUGGAAGGGGGCGUGCAUCAAGCAGGUCAAGGAGUCCAAGGGAGAACGGCCGACCUCAAUCUGUUGAAACGGGGCAUGCACCAAGCAGGUCGAGGAGUCCAGGGGGUGAAAGUCGUAGUCCUUCGAGGUCUCAUUAACAAUCCUACGGCCCUCGCUGAUGUUGCUGAAUGUGCUGCUGUUAGAUGGCCCGCUCAUGGUUUUCCUGCAAGGUGCUCUUGGCAUCAUGAUUCUAGAUAGCUGUAUGUGGUAUUCCCGUUAGGCUUGAUGCGUUUGGUCUCAACUUUGCGCAUCCUUCUGUGUUUAAUAGACUACUUUUGGAUGUUUAGACUGAAAUCAGAUUUUUGGAACAUACUGUCAGCUGUGUCUAUAAUCUAAAUGGUGGUUAUGAUUGUUGGCAA